AUAUUUGAUAUCAACUAUCUAUGGCAAGGCAGGCGAGAUCGACGGAAAGCAGGAAAAUAAGCUCUGAACUGUUUACGUUGACGUAUGGGGCUCUCGUCAGUCAACUCAUCAAAGAUUAUGAAUCAGACGCGGAAGUGAACAAGCAGCUUGACAAAAUGGGUUACAAUAUUGGAGUUCGAUUGAUUGAGGAUUUAUUAGCCAGAUCGAACGUUGGAAAAUGCCAUGAUUUUCGUGAAACGGCUGAGGUUAUUGCCAAAAUUGGUUUCAAGACAUAUUUGGGUGUGACACCCAACAUUGCUAACUGGAGUGGAGGGUCUGAUGAGUUUUCGCUUAUUCUUGAUCAUAAUCCUCUCGCAGAGUUUGUUGAAAUUCCCGACGAGCACAGGAAGUUGUUUUACUCGAAUAUUUUAGUAGGUGUCUUGAGAGGAGCUCUAGAAAUGGUGCAUCAAGAAGUAGAAGUUAGAUUCAUUCAAGACACUUUACGUGGUGACGACACAACUGAGAUUAGACUGAAGUUUAUAAGAAAACUAGAAGACGCUAUUCCAGCUGGCGAAGAGUGAGCACAGAUACAACCACAUGUAACACACAAACACUCCAUUGAAUGGAUGGACGUUAAGUUAAUAAUUGAUAUUCAUACCAAGCUACCAAGUGUGGUAAUAAUCAGAAUACGAAGUAGUCGUGCUCACAUCGAUUUCCAUUUUUGUUUUUGUCCAACAUGUACUGCAAUCACUAAUGUAAUACAUAAGAUAGGAAUAAAGAAAUGACUUGCUAACUGA